GUUCUAAUAAACACGCGUUUUCUUCUCCGCCUUGGCUGCCUGCGGCUUCUCUGUCAAUUCCCAUUUAACAAUUAACAUCCCCUUCUUCUCUUCAACUUCUGAAAUUCCCUUUGAAAUUCCCAGAUUCUCUAUAUAUACUCUUUACAAAUCCUCUUCUUCCUCGCUUUUCCCCGUCUAAUUUAAUGGAGGAUGAUCUCCAUUUCUCCGAAUAUGAUGAAUUAAUAGGACAGAUUGAUUGGAACGAGUUCUUUGAUGGAUUCCCGGAGGUGGAACUCCCUGUUGUCGGGGACUCAACAUCCCCUGAUCGAUCUCAUGAUUCGGUUUCUUCCUGGAUCAACCAGAUCGAAAACGCGUUAAUGAAUGACGAUGAAGACAAGGGGGUUUCCCUUCCUAGUCCUACCCACGAUUGCUGCGAUAGUUUUUUGGCCGACGUGCUCGUGGACUCUCAUGGAGGACCCUCUGUAAUCGACGUCGAUUCCAAUGCUUCCGAUUGCGGUAACGACUUUGGCAAUUCCCAGGAGGAGGAUGGACAUAAGGUUUCUCCUGCACCUACAGACGAUUCCUGUGGUAGUUUUAUGCCUGAAGUACCUGUAGAUAUUCGUGGGAGUUCCCCUGGGGUUGAUGCUGUAGUCGGCCUUCCGUCCAAUGCUUCCGAUUGCGGUGACGUCUCAAACAAUUCCGAGAAGGUCGACGCAGCGAACAUCGACGAUAGUGUUGGUGAAGAUGUCGAUGAUUCGCUUUCCAAAAAGCGGAGAAGGCAGCUGAGAAAUAGGGAUGCCGCAGUUAGAUCUAGGGAGAGGAAAAAGAUGUACCUAAAGGAUCUAGAGAUGAAGAGUAAAUUUCUUGAAGCUGAAUGCCGGAGAUUGGGGCGUUUGCUCCAGUGUUACUGUGCUGAGAAUCAAGCCUUACGCUUUAGUCUACAGAUGGGAGGCGCUUCUGGUGCUUCACUGACCAAGCAGGAGUCUGCUGUGCUCUUGUUGGAAUCCCUGCUGUUGGGUUCCCUGCUUUGGUUAGUGGGCACUGUUUGCCUGUUCACCCUUCCUCAACUCCCACAAUCAACUCUGGAACCUGUUCCAGGAGUAACAAUGGAGGACGAAGGUCCAGGAAGCGCGCCUCUGAACGAGAGAGAAAACAAUGAUUCCAGAUACUCAUCCUCAUCAAUACAAACUAGGAGGUGCAAAGCGGCGAGAACAAGGAUGAAACCAAUUAUGUUGGAUGCGAUGCUCAGGCCUAGUUCGGCUCUGAUUUCAAUAUAAAUGUUGUAGGAUCUAGAAGCGAUAGUGUGGCUUUGAGGGUGAAGCUGGAUGGACAUUGGAUGGUAUGAAUAAACGAAAGAAGACAUUAUCGUAACUUGACUUGUGUUCUAUAUUGAUGGAAAUAGAUUAGGCGUAGAGUUAUUAUCUAAAAGAAAACAAAUGCGGAGAAUGGAUCGGAUGUUGUAUGUUUUUUAGUGCUGAGUUUAUGUUAUCGAAAACCAUGGUUUGCAAGGAACUGCUGCAGCCGAUUUCAUCCAUAUUAACCUGGGCUUGUUUAUUUAGAAUUGUCCCCAUCAAUUGAGAGUCAGUCCAAAAUUACGAUUUGUGUCUUAAGGAUUAUUAAUAUUUUAAUCAACAUUUAUUUUAAAUUGAUUGGAAAA